AGGCGGGGAUGCCCCCCUGCCCCUCCCGGUUCUGUCGGUUGAGGCGAGUCGAGAGUAAAUAGAAGCAGGAGCCCAAAAUGGCGGAGCCGCCGAGUCCUGUCCGUGGCGCGGCGUCGCCCGAGCUGGAGCCGUUCGGCGCUAGGCCGGCCCCGGACGCGAAGGUGUCCCGUGGGUCCCAGCCAGCCGCCAAGAAGAUGAAGGGAGCCGAUGAGAGGAGCCUGAAGGGUACUAAGCGCGUCAACGGUGAAGGGGGCGGCGGUGGCGGGAGCAGCAAGCAGUCGCUGCCGCUGCCAGCGGUCGUGCCGAGCUACAGCAACCCCGCGGCGUGGGGCUUCCCCGCGCUCUCCUCUGGCCCCUCCGGCAGCGCGGGGGGCUUCGCUUUCCCUUCUCAACUGCCCCGGAAGCUGCUGUCGCCCGCUGUUUUGCUGCCUUCGUCCGCCUCUGCCUCCUCUUCCUACCAGCCGCACCAGCACCGCCACCACCGGCACCGCCUGGCUCUGGCCGGCGAGGCGGGAGGCUGCGGGAGCGGCGGGGCGGCCGGCGCUGGCGGCGGGAGCGCCAAGCCGAAGAGGCCCAAGGAGAAGCGGGACAAGGAGAAGAGGAAGCACGGGGCCCUGCCCGUGGUCGCGGCGGUGGGAGAUGGCGGCGGGGCGCUGAGCGUGGCAGGCCGGGAGGAGAACGGGGAGGUGAAGCUGCUGUUCCCGAAAGCUCAAAUCAAAGACAAAAUUAAAGAAAGGGAAAAGAAGCAAAAAGAGAAGAAGAAGCACAAAAUAAUGAAUGAAAUCAAGAAAGAAAAUGGAGAGAUCAAAUUAUUGCAGAAAGGUGGGAAGGAGAAACCAAAAACUAAUGCAGAAGAGCUACAGAUUAAAAAAGUUAAGAAGAAAAAGAAAAAGAAACAUAAAGAGAAUGAGAAGAGGAAGCGUCCAAAAAUGUACAGCAAAUCUAUUCAGACCAUCUGCUCAGGAUUGGUUUCUGAUAUUGAGGAUCAGGAAGCCAAAGGCAUCAUAGAUGAUCAUCUUAAGGAUUUCAAUGGGAAAAAUAUGGAUCCCAAGAAGGACUGUGAGUCCAAGAUACCAGAGAACAGUGAGUUUCCAUUUGUCUCGUUAAAGGAGCCACGGGUUCAAAAUAAACUCAAAAGGUUGGACACAUUGGAGUUCAAACAGCUGAUUCAUAUUGAGCACCAGCCUAACGGAGGUGCAUCAGUUAUCCAUGCCUACAGUAAUGAACUCUCCCACUUGUCUCCUGUGGAGAUGGAGAGAUUUGCAGAAGAGUUUGUGGGUCUGGUUUUUAGUGAAAAUGAAAACUGUGCAGCUUACUAUGUAAUGGGUAUUGUUCAUGGGGCAGCUACUUAUUUACCUGACUUUUUAGACUACUUUUCGUUUAAUUUUCCCAAUUCACCAGUGAAAAUGGAGAUUUUGGGAAAGAAAGAUAUAGAGACAACGACUAUGUCAAAUUUUCAUGCUCAGGUAAAAAGAACAUACUCUCAUGGUACGUAUAGAGCUGGCCCAAUGAGACAGAUCAGCCUGGUUGGAGCAGUUGAUGAGGAAGUGGGGGAUUACUUCCCUGAAUUCCUUGAUAUGUUGGAAGAAUCACCCUUCUUAAAAUGUACACUGCCAUGGGGAACACUUUCUAGCUUAAAAUUAGAGAGUCGUAAAGACAGUGAUGAUGGUCCCAUUAUGUGGGUACGUCCAGGAGAACAGAUGAUCCCUGUGGCUGACAUGCCAAAGUCACCUUUCAAAAGGAAGAGAACUACCAAUGAAAUAAAAAACUUGCAGUACCUACCUCGAACCAGUGAACCCCGUGAAAUGCUAUUUGAAGACCGGACACGAGCCCAUGCAGAUCACAUAGGACAAGGUUUUGAACGACAGACUACAGCUGCUGUGGGAGUGUUGAAGGCUGUGCACUGUGGAGAGUGGUCUGAGCAGCCUCGUAUAACCAAAGAUGUAAUUUGUUUUCAUGCUGAAGACUUCUUAGAGGUAGUUCAGCGAAUGCAAUUAGAUUUGCAUGAGCCUCCACUCUCACAGUGUGUCCAGUGGGUUGAUGAUGCAAAACUCAAUCAGCUGCGAAGGGAAGGCAUCCGAUACGCCAGAAUCCAGUUAUUCGAUAAUGACAUUUAUUUUAUCCCAAGGAAUGUCGUGCACCAGUUCAAGACAGUUUCAGCUGUGUGCAGUUUGGCUUGGCACAUCCGGCUCAAGCUGUACCAUUCGGAGGAAGAACUCUCUCAAAAUACGAGUACUGUUGAAGCAGGGACCUCUGCAGACCCCAAGUCUUCGGUUAUCGGACUUCAGACUGACAGCAGAAUUUGUACGAUGAGCAAAAAUACCUCCGAAGACACCAAAUUGUCAGCUACUCUCCAGACGAAGUACCUGCAGCAGGAAUUCAUGCCGAUAAAACACGAACCUAUCGCCUCUCACCGAAUAAAGGAAGAACCCAUGGAUGUCGACCUGCCUGAAAAGACAGCGGCACCUAACGACGCCGGGGGCCAGACUGUUCAGGCUAGGUUGGAUCACGUUGAAUUGACGGCAUUUAAGUUGGAAAUGGAUUCUAAAUUUGAACCCGGCAGCAAGGACUUACAAGGCAAGUUAUGCUCUGGAGGUCACGUACAUCCAGAUGAUACGAGACAACGUAGUUCAUCAUAUCCAAAACUGCAUGGACAAAGAGAGGAUGAUUUUUUGUGCUAAAUUUGUAUAUAUGGUUUUAAAUUCCUUUUUAAACUUAAUGAUGUAAUAAUGUAAAGAUUCAUAAAUUCUGUGGGGCAAGUUUGUGACUUGCCUUCGCAUCUGUUACAGAAAAUAGUUAUGUAGCUUUGUAACAUUCCUCAGUGCCUGUCCAUAACUGUGAAGUAUCAAAGCACUUAGGGCCAGAUGCACUGUAAACACUGCAGGUUUAACAUAAAGAAGUCUUUAAAUAAUUUUGAGUUGUAGGUUUUAGAGUAGAGCUGACAUUUAACAUAUAUAUUUUUUGUAAGAUGAGCCAGAAUUCUUUUUGACAAUUCCAGGCUUUUCCAUAGAGCUUAUUUAUACCAAUUUUUUCAUUUUAAAUGUGUCAGCACUGUAGUGUAAAUAUCUUUUUUAAAAAUCUUUUUAGUGUGAUUUAUACUGAAAUGUGAGCCGCUUAAUAAAGGUUCAUAAUAACAGAUUGGUUUUAUUUUUGGGUCUGCAAAAAAAUAAUUCAGUUCAACUGCCUCUCUAAAUGGUUAUGUUUCUACCUGCACUAACGCAUAGGAUGCCCUCACGCCGCUGUGGGGUGAGGAGCUGUAGCAAACUGAGGUAGAGCUGAGGCAUUCUCUGUAAAUCGAGGUUAGUCAGAACACAAAACCAGUCCUUCCUUCACAGGGGCUCAGUGAGGCACUCCCCAGACUCUGCAUCGGAUGUUAAUGUGGGACAGAGACAGAGCUUCCCUGUUGUGAGCACAGUUGGACACCCUGUGGGCCCCCCCAGGACACACCUGCGCGCACCUCUCUAGAUGAGCUGGUGCGAGGGAGCAAGCUCCCUUCUGCGCCUGCCGCUGCCCCUGCUCCAGCCGCAGUGAAGGCAGCUCCAUUUCACGUUUAAAACUUAAAAACAACAACCCCCCUCAACUCAAAUAAUUCAUCUGACUAAAAUUAAACCAACAAAGAUGAUUUAAAUGGUUACUUACCAAGCUAUAAAGGCUUCAAUUUUUAGGAGUGACCUGUAAUUCAUGGAGACACAUUUGGAUUUUAAUUGCUCCCUAUGCUGAUAGCGCCAGGCAGUAAAGAUAGUUGCCAAUGUGUCCAGUAGGAAGAUCCCUCUCGAGUCCCAGUUUGGAAGCAAGAGUUGUUUGAUUAAUAAAGUAACAGUGGUGUCCACAUUAAAACUUCUCCUCUCCCCAGCUGUGGGACUAUUGAGUUCUUUUGAGCUGUGUUCUGAGGGAAGAGGAUUUCAAGGCUAGCUAGCAUCUGGUGUAGUAAUGGCAAAACCUCUGUCAUUUAACUUAUUUAAUUCUUUGUGUAACAUAUUAGUGUAUAUUUUAGACACAUCUGAAUGAUACUUCUUUUUCAGGUAGCUACGAAUAGCAGUAAACUGCCCUGCAGCCUGUCCUUCAACUAAGUAUGUAAAGGUGAAGAUCCUAGGCCUGUGGUUAUUUCCAGUGCCCUCUUAGCUCUGAUAUUUUAUUUUGGUUUUAAUUUAUUUUUCCCUAUAGCUCUCUAAAAGCUGUCCAACCUUUACCUACCCAGGUGAUAACCUUUGAUGCAUUUGGUUAUCACUUUGGCUUCAUUUGUAGCAAUAGAACAACAUGAUUUGCAGGUGAUGUCUAAUUCAACUACCUAAGGCCCUUUUGUUGCAAACAUUUUGGUUACAGGUUGUUAAACUUCAAAAUGUUGCUGUGUAUUUAGGCCUGGCACUAAAAUCAGCCAUUUGACGGAUGAGUGCCCUGAUCUGUUUAAAUCUAAAAUAGGUCUGUCAAGGAAUUAUUAAUUAAAUCAGUUUUUGAAUUGCUAAAUGUUACUUCUCCAUAGCCAUAAUUACAUAUUAGAGAAGCAAUAGCAACAUGAAUCUCUUGGAUGUGGCUCUUAGGUCCUUAAGUCUCACUGCUCAUUUCUUUACUGCUGGCUAAGAGAUGAGUGCCAGUUUUGCAGCCUCAGGGAUCUUGCUUUCCCCUCACACCAUGAGCAAACGAUUCAUGUGUGACAUGGCAAGUUAUUACUCGAGCAGAUUCUGAUUUGAAAAAUUACUUGGUUCAUGUAGAAUUUGAGCCUUCCUGAUAGUAGAAACGUGGGCUCAGCUCCCUUUGUGUUUUGUGGAUUAUCUGGAAACUUCCACCCAUAAUCUCUUUGGCUUUAUGAACAUCCAUAUGCAGUUAUGUAGCUUUCUGUUCCCCUUCUCUGUGCCAGCCAUUGGAGAGCAGCGAGAGAGGAGAGCUGCAGGUUGUAGUUUGCACCGAGUGGGAUAGCCGAAGGCUCCAGCUUUAUCAAAACCAGCCUUGCCAGAUACUGCUUCUAAAAAAACCCCAACAACUCGCUCCCCAACCCCCCCCAACAACAAAACCUUACUUAGUUUACUUAAGUUAAAAACUUUCUUGUGAUCUUACGCUAUCGUUCAUUCUGGUUCAAGUCUUUUUUUUUAGAUGUCAGAUUUUAAUAGAGCGUGCCCACCCCUGACAGCAGACAGCUUCCUACAUCAUGCCCUGUUCAGACUGAAAAUCAAUCCAUCUUUGAAAAUGGGUUAGCAAACACGGUUUGACACUUGAGAGCAGAACUCUGUUUCCUUUUGAAGACCUGCUCAGCGGUCUUGGCCAAUGGUGGCCUCAAACUUCUGCUCAGGUAUGGCUUGGUUCUGAAACUCUUGCUUCUGAACUGCCUACAUCUCCAACCCACUUUAGUGUUUCUUUUUAUCACUUUUAGAAUCUCAAGAUUAAACCAGAAAGAUUUAAGAGAUUCAAACCAAGUGGCAGUUUUCCAAUUUUUGUACAUCUUUUAUUUGUGAUUUUUGAGACAGGCCAGAGCCUCAUGUUUAGACAGAAUCCCUUGCAGACAGGACAUGAACGAUACGGGGAAGGAUUACCAAUGGCUCUCAGAACUCCCUCUGUACUCAAGACAUCAUCAGUGUGGGCUGACUGGCUGUGUCAGGAUGUGCUGCUUACUUUGCUUGUUUGGAGAAAAAAAAAAAGGAAAAGAGAUUAAAAAAAGAGCAGUUUUGUCCUCUGCCUGUGUUGUGUUCGUUCUGCUGCGGUUGCUCGUUCAGAGGGAGCGCCUUUCCUGAGGGCUUCAGCUCCCAAAUUGUUCAUUAGUUGGCCAAAGGUCUCGCUUUGGUUUCCAGCGGUCCUUUCCUGCUGCGUGCAACUUCGUAUUCACACUUUUGCUUCAGCAAUAAAUCUUUCAUGUUUCUGAUGUACUGAAACUAGUCUUUGCUUAUUGCUUUUUACCCCCCUCUCCCUGGAUUUCAGCUCUUAUCUGAACCUUCCUGUUAGUUGGGCUGAAGUCUCCAAUGUUGUAGUUGUGUCUCUCGUUGUUCUGCAGAUCGGAAAGCUCUGCUCAAGGCCGAUGCCGGCCCUGCCCGGUACCGACAUGGUGCAUUCUCAGCCCUGUUCCAUCACCCAUGUGGUGUGCAGAAGCGUAGCCUUGUUCUCCUAGAUACUGGUACCGUGCUUGUGGUAGCGAAGAGUUGCGUUGUACUGUCACUACAGGUAGCUUUCAAGGUGGUAGCUAUUUUUUCUUUGUUUUUUAAAUUACUGGAUCUUCUGCAUUUCACUGGCAACUGACUUCAUGUGUUACAUACAAGUGUUACUCAGUGUUGUGUCACCCCCCGAUGCCUGCAAAUUGGCUCUGAAACAGCAUUUUCCUUACAGGUACUGCCGGCAUGCAGACUUUCCCUUCCUUGUUACUAUAGUGAAUAUUUCAAUACUUCUUUAACUGAAAUAUUAAUUCUAUCUAGUAUUAGAAAUAAAGUAUUAUUUCAGAGGGUGAUGAUUUGAGUAUUAAUCUGUGAAAGAAUUCCUUGGUGAUAAAUAAAAUUGAUUUUUAAGCAGCUAUACAUGUGCACAGUAAAUACGUUGGUAUUGCAAAUGACAUAGGAAAUGGAAACAUGAAAUAGUGGAAUGCUGUGAAACAGAUCUGAAUGUUGCAGAUUUGGAAAAUUGAAUAAGUCUUCCAAGAAACACAGGACUGGUACUCAUUGAUCAGAAUGACUGUUCUCUCAUAUGUGCAUGUGACUGAGGAUGCUGAAUUGACUGAAAUAAAUCCAUGUUUUCUCCAUGCUCUUUGGCAAAGUACAGUGGUGUGAGAUGGUAGACUCCCAUCGGACCCCGCCUGGGUGAAAACCGUACAGUUGUGAUCAAGAGGGAGAAGGACUUUGGGGGCUUCUCAAGCUGUGUGGAGAACCUUGUCUUUAGGCGCAUGUGCACAAGCUGGAAAGGGGAAGGACAGAUUUCCCCUGAGCCCUGCUUCGCUGUGAACGACGCUGACGGGAACGUUUUCUCUGGUUGUGAGUCACUGUGUCCCACUGGUAUUUUAUUCCUUUCUCAAAUGGACAAAAUGCACUUUAAAAACUCUGUAAUAGGUGAUACUGAUAUUUUGUGCAGAUCCCAUGGAUUCGCAGCAUACAUGGGAAAAUUUGGGAGACUGAUUCCCAUCCGUCACUCAUUUCCUUAUUAGAAAUGCACAUUUAGUGUUCCAUGCUGAAGCUGUGAUUAACUUCACGGUUUCUGGGUUGCUAUUUUGGUUAGAAUCAUCAGGGAUACUGACUUUGCAGAUUUGGUGUAUUAUAUUCCAACCACUGCUUUGCUCUGUGCUAUGAUGCUCAUAUUCCCUCUGCCUUGGAGCUGUGCUGUACUCCAGUGCCGGCUAAACACCGAUCUCCUUGUGUCCUGGUCAUGCUGAUAGAUGAGCCUACUGAUGAGGGCGUUAGUCCUAAAUAGUCCUUUAAUAUUUGGUGUACAGUUAUGAUAAUCUGAUACAAACAUUGAUUAAAGCAGCAGUUUAAACUUCUAUUUUUAUCAAGUUUGAUUUUUCGGUAACUAUUUUAUGUUUUACCAAUUGAUUUCCAGCCCACCGUAAUAAGUGCCAUGUUUGGUGCAGCUCAGGCCUCUGUUUUAAGGUCAAUGCUUUCUAUGGCAGUUUCUGGUGGCGUUGAGACAAAACAGGGCAGGAGGUGGAGAAAGCUGUUCCCCAGGUGUCUCAAGAAGAAAACCUUGAGAAUGAGACCUCUGUGUGGAAGACUAGUGUUAACACAAGUCAAGGCUGCUGAAGCUGUAUCCUGAGCAUGCAGGGACGUUCAGGGACUUGUCUGUCUAGUCAAUGCAGCGACAGCUUUUGUAAUCUCAGAAAUGAAAUGUUUAGACUAAAAAGCGUCAUUUAGCUGUGAUUUCUUCAUAAACUUCCUAAGGAACACUGAGAUAAAAACUAACACUGAUAAACUCA